ACCACAAACGCUAACACUACGGCGGCAAGCCCCGAUAACACUCUGACCAGCCCACACACGGAAGAGAAAGAGAGAGAGAGAGAGACUCAUAGGUGCCGUGCAGUGCACGUAAAGGCUAUUUUGCGGGGCCAGCCCAGGUUCCGUCUCUUAGUUCCCCUCUUCCUCCAUACUGGUACACUCCAAAAGGAGUAUCAGGACAAUAUGUCUUCACUUAUUAUUGGAUCGCUCGGUAUUCGUGAGCAAGAUCCUCCCCAGCCGUCAGGUCCGGCUUCAACUCGACCUACCACUACCCCGGCAGUCUCAGCAAGUACAAACUAG